GUACUCGUCGACCGUCCGACGAGGAGCUAAGUAACCACAUCGUCUUGAGACAAUCGCGUUUUGUUUCUGAGUCGAAAUUCCUUGAAACACUUGGCAUCGUUCCGUUCCUGUUAUUUGCAAGUCCGGUUUUGUUUCCUUCGUCUUCCUUUGUUUUUAUUUUUUGUGAUCGUGACAGUUGGCGGGCUUGAUGGUUGGUUGACCAAGCUACUCGUGGAAUUUAUUAAUCGAGUUGAUAAUUUGUUUGAUAGGUAAUGAUAACAACGUAAAUAAAUGUAAUUACUAUUGGCGAAUUCGGGCGAUGUGUUUGUAUAUUGUUAAUAAUUAAUUUUGUGAUGGUAUUGGACUAAUAAACUAAAAUUUUGUCUAAGUGGAGUAACAAUCUAUAGUUUAGCAUUCUUUAUUUUAAAUAAGCACUCAAGGAUUAUGAAUGGAAUAACAAACCAAGUAAGGAUUGGAGAAGAUACCCCAUUGGAGCCUGGACAAACAGGCAAAGUUUUUGUGAAUACUGUGUAUUUAAAUAGUAAAGCUAUUGACGGUCCCCGGCCCGGUUUAGGUAAAAGCGCGGCGAUGGAUGUAGAAAUUAAUACAAAAAUUCCGGUGCAAUUACAUUCUAAGAGAUUGAAGUGUGGUUUAAUAGUUGUUAUAACUAUAAGCACUCUGAGUGUAAUAAUGAGCAUAUCCCUAGCUUAUUACCACUGUGUGAAUAUGAGUUUGUUGCAAAAGCAAGUGGAUUUCCUGCUGAUGAAAAUGGAAAACAUCAAAAAUAAUCAGCAAGGAAUGCCUCCAAGUUUGGCUUCCAGCAGCGCUGAAGCUCAAAUGGCCAGCCCACAUAGCAUAUUCUCCAGUUCACCUGAAGACCAUCCUGCUGUACCCAACUCACCAGCACUGUCCAAGCCAGUAUACAACACCACUAUGUUACCAAAUGAUAUGUUUGUGACUCAUUUCAACGGUGCCCAUAUGGAACUCAACUUGGGAACUCAAUCCAUAAUCGGACCGUGGGUGCGCGACGUGAAGGUGUCGUCUCCGAAAAGCCACGAGAAGAUAGAACUAGACAACAACAAGGUGAUCAUCAAGGAGAGCGGGCUCUACAUGAUAUACGCUCAAAUAGUGUACUUAAGCCAAGACCCGUGCUGUUACUUAAUGUUCGCGCGUCAGCCGGACGCGGCGCCGCGUCAGCUCGCCUCGUGCUCCACCGCCAACGACUCCAGCGCGCGCCCGCUCGCGCGCUCGCAGAUCUCCUGCUCCACACAAACUGUGGCGAGACUCUACCAGGGCGAUAUAGUCAAUCUGUCCCAAAGAGAACACGAUAGAACUGUUUGGCUCAGACCGGGGUAUUCGUACUUCGGCUUCAUCAAAAUUGCAUCAUAGCACGCCUUAGUUAUACGUAAGAUGGAAUUUUUUUUUGGUGAAACAAACUGCGUAGCCAAGUUUUGAUUUUUUAUUUUAGCUUUAAAAUGUGUGAUAAAGACAGUAUAUAUUCGUUUUAUGCGCUAACAAUGUGUGUGUAAAAUGUGAUACUCGGCGGACGCCAUUAAACUUGUUUUAAAUAAAUAAAAAAACAAAGACAAUUACAACGAAAAAAAUGUUAAAAAGAAGGAUAUAUACUCAUUAUCUCAGAAUUUUUGCUCAUUAUGUUUAGUCCUGUGGAACUUUCCACAAGUAUUGAAUUACUGGGUGAUUUCACCUAAUCCGUGCUCAAAAAGUUGUUACAAAUUGAAGAAUCUGUCUUAAUGUUGGCAAUGCAAUAAGUAACGUCUUCCAUAUUUUAUAAGUUAAAUGUUAAGGUUGUUUUGUACUUAAAAACAAAACUUUGAAUAAGAAAGAAAUAGUAAAGUGUGUAGUUGGACAGGACUGAAGACAAAGUCAGACAUAUAAUAGAUUUAUAAGAAGUUAUAUUAGAGUGUUUUGUAAAGCACAAGACGAGAAGGAUAGUGUUCAUUAAGAGAGGUCUUUGCUAAAAGCAGUGCAAUGAGUACAGCAACACAUCUAGAACAUACGAAAUAACAGUGAAAUUUGGUUUUUAAUUAAAAACUUAAGUGAUGGCGCCACUGGACUCAAGUUAUUCACUGGACUCAAUGCACUGCCUUAACAUCAUUAGAAUAGAGUAGUUUUAACUUGACCCCUGAUCAAGUUCUUAGAUUUUAUGGGAAAUAUUGAAUGCUAAUUCAAGAUUCGAUGUAUCUAUAAAGGAAUUUUCACUAGAGGUUCAUUUAAACCUAGAUAUAAGGCCACAAAGUAAGACGUAAGAAUAAGCCGGUUUAUGGCAAUAAAUAAUUUAAAAAACAUUAUUUCUGCGAUUAAUGAUAGUGAAACAAUAUUAAUAGCAUCACACCAAGUUUUCUUGAUUACAUUAUCUUAAUAAUUAAAAUAAUCUUAUUCUACAAUCGGCAAUCGUCCUUAGUAUGUACUUUUAAGUGCUUGUUGCGCAUAAUUUGUAGUUUAUCUAUUUGUUUUUUGAUCGAUAAUCUCUGAAAGUUCAAGUUUAGUUGAAAAAAACAUUUUUUUAUAACAAUAUAUUCCAUAGAAUUUAAUUCUUUAAUGUAAGCCAUCUUCACGAGGAAUUAAAUCUAUGCUGAUAAUUAGAAAAUGGAACUAAAAAGAUUCUAGAUCCUAGAAGUUCAUUCUAAUUUAAUUUGUUUAUUAAAAUUUGUUAAUAUCAAAACCAUUUGCAAUAGCAGAGCAAUAUUAAAAGAUCACAUUUUAGCUAAUACAUUACUUACUAAACGGAGAGGUAUAGUAUGAUGCAAUACUUGUAUAAAUAAUAAUAAAUACAUUAGGGAAAACAUUUAACACUACUGGAUUCAAACAAAAUUAUUAUUCAUUUGUUUACAUACAAUUUUGUUUUUUUCACUGUACAGUCAACCGCACGUCAAGUGACCCUGCAUGGAUCUCUAUGCGGCGGUAAUAGCGAUGAGUUUGCAAUAAAUUUGGGUCGCUUGUUCAACAUCGCCAUGUUGGCUGUAUCUAAUGUUUUUCCUAAAGUUCAUAAUAAGUAUUGUAGGACAAACCGCAAUCUUUUAUUGUUUCAAGUUAAUUAUUAUUAUUACAUAAGAUACUUUAAAAUGAAGAUAUAAUUGUACUUUUCCAUUGUAAGUUAAACAGACAGCUACAUAAUAGCAUUAAUCGCAAUAUAAGUAUACUAUUAUAAUUCUGUAAUUUGUAUAUCGGUUGAUAUUAAAAAAUUCUGCAUUAAUUUAAUGUAAAUCAAAAAUUGCUAUUUGAAAAUAUGUAGUUACUUUUUUCUUAGUAAGUGAUUACUAAUGAUGUUAAGAUUUCUAGUCAAUUUUUGAAAUUCAUUUUUGUAAGAACGGAAAUAUUGAAUUAUGAUCAUUAUCAUAAAAUUCUGUUUCCAUUAAUGUCUUAGAUUUAAUUUCCACAGUUUACAUGUGUUGUAUAUAGUUAUAAGAUUGUAGUGAUAACAUUCUAGUGCCUUAUUAAACGGUGCCAUUUAUA